CUGCAAUGUUGUUUUGCGCAGCAUACAUCGACUGUGGAGGAACCUGAGUCGCUGAAGAAGGCUCCACAUUCGUUCAUUUUUUACCGAGGUAAAGUUGGUCCUUUCGUUCGCGAACUCGUCACCAACCUACGACUCGUCUUUGAACCAUACACAGCUAGCAAACUCAAGCCCACGAAGAAGAACGUGCUGAAGGAUUUCGUGUCUGUUGCGGGCCCUUUGGGGGUUACGCACUUCAUGGUGUUUUCACGCACUGAACUUGGUCUGAAUAUGCGCUUGAUUCGCCUUCCUAGAGGACCGACGCUUACCUUCAGAGUUCACGAAUAUACGAUAAAUCGAGACAUCGUUUCUUCAUUGAAGCGACCACAUGUUAACCGGAAGUUAUACCUGCAUUUUCCGCUGAUGAUUAUCAAUGGCAUGAAGAGCAGUGAGGAACAUCUGAAGCUGACACAAAUCGCAUUCCAACACAUGUUACCGUCGAUCAACGUCAACACGGUUAAGCUGAAGAACAUUCGUCGUUGUGUCUUGCUCACUUACGAUAAGGAAACGAAGAUGAUACAGUUUCGCCAUUACGCGAUCAAGGUGGUUCCCACGGGAGUCAGUAAAUCGGCCAAAAAGCUGCUUCGCAGAAAGGUACCUGAUUUGGGCAGAUACAAAGACAUUAGCGAUUAUUUCAUAAAGCCUGAAAACUUGAGCGAAAGCGAAUAUGAAGGCGAUGGCGCCGCAGAUGAGGUCGAGCUGCCCCAAAACAUACUGAUCGAAUGCGGCCCGCGAAUGAAACUAGAGCUUCUGAAGAUUGAAGAUGGCAUGUGCGACGGAAGCGUACUCUAUCACGCGUAUAUUAAAAAGACGCCGGAGGAAAUCGCGGAAAUCGAGGAACGCCGAGCGAAGAAGAAGAAAUUGAAGGAACAGAGGCGCAUAGAACAAGAACUUAACGUAAAGCGUAAACAAGAAAUUAAAAAAGUGCACUUCGCUGAAACGGCAGUAAAAGCUGAAUGA